AUGUUCACUACUUACAGGGACAACCGAAUUCUCCCAGUUUUCAUUAUCGCCACAUGUCUAGUGCUGUACUACUCCCUUCUCAAUUCAUCCGUGGAAAGGUUUGGUGCAAGGAGACUUCCCGUGAAUUCACAAUCUGAGCCGGCAACACAGUUGGUUUUGGAGCCCUCCCACCAAAGUCAGCAAACGCAGCCUGGUGGUCAUGGAAAACUAGAGGGCCAUGAUGUUCUCUUGAUCUUGAAGACUGGUGGGACAUCGAUGUACCACCGUCUGCUCAUUCACUUGGUCACCAGUCUUUCACCAGAGCGAGUCAACCCGGAAAACGUUGUGAUAUACUCGGAUUAUGAAGAGACGAUGGGCAACUUUACAACCAUUGAUGUUCUCAAAAACAUGACGGAAGCCACCAAGUCGCAUCCAGAUUUCGACGUCUACCAUGCGGUGCCUCAGUACGUUAAGAAUAAUGUCUACAUUGAGCAUGCUAAUAUAGAAGGCGACCAUGAAGGUCCUGUGGGCGGCUGGGUAAUUGACAAGUAUAAGUUUCUGCCCAUUAUGGACCACGCCGGCAAGAACUGGCCCCACGCACGCUGGUAUGUCUUCAUGGAGGACGAUGCAUAUAUCUUCCUGCCUAAUGUACUGGACUAUCUGUCAUCCUUUGACUGGAAGGCACCACAUUACCUUGGCAGCUCAGCCUUCAUCGCCAACGUGACUUUCGCACAUGGAGGUUCUGGCUUCGCGCUCUCACGGGGUGCGUGGGAGAUGUCGUUCGGGAAGAACCCGCGGCUCGUUGAGGACUUUGCCGAAUACACCCGUCAGCACGGCUGUGGCGAUCACAUCCUGGGACGUGCACUGAACAAAUAUGGAAUCCGUUUCGGGGAAAAUGGCGGUGACGAGAAGUUCACUUGGGGGUUCAAUGCGGUGGUGCACUGGAAGUUCGGUUUCAGGAGUGAGAACUGGUGCAAGCCUCUUUUGUCGUGGCACAAGGCGCACAGCAGGGAUAUAGCGAGAUACUACGAGCUGGAGAAGAACUGGAACUUCAAAAGGCCCAUGCUAUUCAAAGAUUUCUUCAAGAAGAUCAUCGCUCCAGAUUUGGGCAAGAGACGAGAAUGGUGGGACAAUAUGUCCAGUCUCUUCGCUAUUACUUCUGCCAACACGAAUUCACCUCCUGCUCCGCAGUCCAAGUACAAUCGCAGUCUUUGGGCCAACGCCUGGAAGUCUGUGGAUGCGUGCGAAGCAGCUUGUAAGUCGUGGGUCGAGUGUAUGCAGUGGAGCUACUAUGAUGACUUGUGCCGUAUGGACGACAAGCUAAUUAUGGGGUCUGGAUUUGCACCUGGCAUGUUUCAGAGGAAGACAAGACUGCUGAUUACGAGUGGGUGGCUACUACAUAGAAUCAAGAAUUGGGAGUGCAACUAG